GAGGGCGGGACGGGACGGGGCUGGUAGCGGGCGCAUCACCGGCAGCGACGCGGGCGGAGCGGCCGCCGCGGGAGAUUGAAGUGCCGGGGCCGCGGCGGGGCGAAGAGUGUGAGGCGCUGCCGCCGCUGCCAGGGUCGCCCGAGGGGAGGAGAACAGAAGGAAGGGGCCGGCCGGCUGCGCGCCCGGGACGCGCCCGCUCCCACCGGCACCGGGACCCGCCGCAGCUCCCCCCGGCCCUCCGCAGCAGCCGGGGAGCCGCGGGAGUGACGGRGCUGCGAGUCCGGGCUGCGCAGGGAAACUUUGCCGCUUCUUCUCGGCGCUCCCCACAUGCGAGUGGACAGCGUGAAGCCGGCUGCUGCUCUUCCUGCCGCUCCGGGUCCUGCUCCUGACGCUCCUGCGGGUGCCGGGCCGGCGCUGCCCCCCCGCUCCGGCUGCUGCACCUGUGCCCGGCCCCGGAGCUGCGCCGCCGCUUCUCAUCGCCAUGUGGGACUAGGAGGGGUGCGGCGUUCUCCUCGGUGAACAUGGAUGCGGCGGGCAGGGCCGGCGGAGGGGAGCAGAGCCAUCCCGGCAGCGGCGGGGACUCCCCCGGGGACACCUCCAUGGACCGCUACCUGCGAUCUCAGGGCUUGUACAGGAAGAAAGUGGCCAAGGAUGGGUCCUGCCUUUUCAGGGCUGUGGCCGAGCAGGUGUUGCACUCUCAGUCUCGWCACAUUGAUGUUAGGAUGGCUUGUGUAGACUAUCUUCGGAAAAAUAGGGAGAAAUUUGAAGCAUUCAUGGAUCGGCCAUUUGAAGAUUAUUUAAGAAAUGUGGAAAAUCCACAGGAAUGGGUUGGACAAGUAGAAAUAAGUGCCCUUUCUCUUAUGUACAAGAAAGAUUUCAUAAUAUACCAGGAGCCAAAUGCCUCUCCUUCACGUGUAACUGAAAAUGGCUUUUCUGAUAAGGUGUUGCUGUGCUUCUCAAAUGGAAACCACUAUGAUAUUGUGUAUCCCAUAGAGUAUGCAGAGAAGGCUGCUCUGUGCCAGUCUCUGCUGUAUGAGUUGCUUUAUGAAAAAGUGUUUGAUAUGGAUGUAAAGAAAAUCAUGUCAGAACUUAGUGCUGUUGGUGUGGCAGAGGAAAGUAAUGGCAGCAGUGAAGUUUCUGCUUCAGAUUCAGAAGAUGACAAUUACAGAAGUAAAGCUACAACAGUUAGUGAUAUGAAUGGAAUGAAGUCUCUUUCUGGCAACAAGCACCUUGAGAGCAAUGGGAAUCCCAGCUUGUUGGUCCUGCCUAAAAAGGUUCUGAAAUCGCUUGAUCCCUUGGUUUACAGAAACGUUGAAUAUGAUGUUUGGCUCCAGUCCAAGUGGGAUCAGCAAAAACAAGAUUUCUCUAUUGCUGCUGGCAUGCAAUACUCCAUUGGAGAUAAAUGUAAAGUGCGCUUAGACCAUAACGGGAAAUUUUAUAAUGCCCAUAUUCAAGAAGUUUAUUCAGAGAAUGGGCCAGUCGUUGUAUUUGUAGAAGAGCUUGGAGCAAAGCAUGCUGUCUCACUGAAGAGCCUUAAACCUCUUCCACAGACCUCUCCUAUGGAGGGCUGGAACACUGUGCCAGGGAAGAAGAUAAAAAAGUUUUACCCAACAUGGGGGCAGAAUGCUCAGCCUGAUGCAGAGUGCAGAGGGCCAAAGAAUCAGAGCAAAUCAAUCAAACCCCAGUCAGCACUACCUCCUCGACUUCAGCAUACUGUGGGAACCAGGCAGCACCAGUUCUUGAGUUCUGGGCCCCAACCUCAUCAGACCUCAACUGAGCAAAAAGCUCCAGGCAGGAAUCCUUCCCAGUCUGUAAGAAAAAUGGAGCGUGAGAGAAGUGAGGAGCUGAGCCAUGGCAGCAGGGAUUGUAACUACUUUGGGCUGUCGCCGGAGGAGCGCAGGGAGAAGCAGGCCAUAGAGGAGUCUCGUUCCCUUUAUGAGAUCCAGCAGCGGGACGAACAAGCUUUUCCUGCUCUUUGCAAUAAUCAGUCAGUCUGUCAGGCUGCUACACAGACUGUGGAUAAUGUAAACCAGAAAAAGUYGUCAAAUAAUGAAAGAAGAAACAGCAAGUGGACAGCAGAGGUGGAAGAACAGAAGGAGAAAGAGUCAAAUUCCAGGCAGAUCCACUUAAGUCAGAAGCUUGAGCCAAAUUCAUCUGAGAAGAAUAGUCAAGAUGAGAGUUAUCCAAAAGCUUCAUCUCCUUUGGAACAAGUUAAAACAGAUUCUCCGAUUCUUGCUGAGCAAGUAAGAAAUGUUUGUUUGAUUUCAAAGUUUUCCAGUCAGGAGACUUCAGACAAAGGGGAGCUUCAUCACAGCCACAACCUGAGCGAGUGCUUGCCGAGUGUAACUCCGACACCUUCUCCAGUCUUCUCUGAGGUGCAUUUACCUCCAGCAGUGCCUUCUGUACCAGCCAUUGUGCCAGCUUGGCCAAGUGAGCCAGCAACCUAUGGACCAGCAGGUAUUCCAACCCAAAUACCUGCUUCUUCGUUGAUGCCAGGACCAGCAACAGGACCUGACUCUAUUGUAUCGCAGGCUCAGGUAACAUCUGCUUCAGUUGCUGGACUUCCUGUGUGGCUACAAGCAGUUAACCAGCCUUUAAUGCCUUUGCCUCAGACUCUGAAUCCCUACCAGGAUCCGCUAUACCCUGGAUUCCCUUUUAAUGAAAAGGGAGAAAGAGCCGUUGCACCUCCUUACUCCCUGUGCAGUACUGGGGAAGACUUACCUAAAGAUAAGAAUAUUCUUAGAUUUUUCUUCAAUCUCGGUGUGAAGGCAUACAGUUGUCCCAUGUGGGCACCCCAUUCUUACCUGUACCCUCUGCACCAGGCCUAUUUAGCUGCUUGUAGAAUGUACCCAAAUGUGACCCUUCCUGUGUAUCCGCACAACCCCUGGUUCCAGGAGGCUGCUCCGACUCAGAAUGAAAAYGAAACUGCACGACCAAACAGGCACUUUGCUGUUCAGACUGAGACCAGAUCCAACGGUCAGAUUCCGCAGGCUGACAGAUCUCCAUCACUGCCUCUGAUCAUACCUUCAGCUCAGGUGUCAGAAAGUCAAGGACAGGUCUGUGUUGAACCAGAGAAUCCAGCUCAAGCUCUUCAUGCGAACUACGAGGAGUCCCUGAGAGGAAAAAACAUGUUCCCGCAGCCACCCUUUGGACACAAUCACUUUCUAGGAGCUGUUCCAAUAGCACCUCCUUUCUUUCCUCCCUUUUGGUAUGGGUACCCAGUUCAGGGUUUCAUUGAGAAUUCAGUAGCGAGAYCUAAUGUUGUCUUGUCACCUGAGGACAAAGAGGCAGCAGCUGGCACCUCUGCCAACAUGUACAUGAGCAAAGAAUGCAGCCCUCCAGUUCCUGGAGUGAACUGUGCAGAGCAGCUCCAGAAGACCAACAGCAGCAGCGGCUCCAACACGGUCCCAUUCCCAGUGGCUGCUGCAGGGGCCCCGAAAGACACUUCAGCAAGGGCACCUCAGCUGGAGCAAACCUGUCCUUCRGCUGCUCCUAAGCAGAAAACAUCUGGGCAGCAACAUCGCCCUCCGCAGACACAGGGCACAGAGAGGCCGAUGGCAGGGCCCAGCACACAGCMACUGCUGGCAGAACCUCCUAAAAAUGAACUGAAACCCAGCAUUCCUGGCCGUAAGGAGAAGCCUGCUAAAGGGAGAGAUUCCAAGGGCACUGGUAAUGUGCAAACAGAAAGCAGGGCCCAGAGAACGAGGGAAGAGAGUUCUGAAGAUGACAGUGAAGUUUCYGACAUGCUGAGGAGUGGUAGAUCCAAGCAAUUCUAUAACCAGACUUAUGGAGGAGGCAGAAGGCCUAGACCUGACAGGGGUUAUUCCAGCAGGGGAGGAUACCAGUUCCAAAGAAACGAGGAGGCCUGGAAAGGACCACCCAACAGAAGCAGAGAUGACGGCUACCAGUAUCAGAGAAACUUUAGAGGGCAGCCAUAUCGGAAUGACAGGAGAAGGGCAACACUGGGAGAUAAUCAGAGGGGGCAGCAAGCAUAGAGUGUAUGAGUGGAUAAUUGGAAAGUUUAAAAUGCAGAAAGAAAUUUGAAGUAGCAGUUUAAAAUCUUAAUUUCUUUUUAGYGAAGUUCAGUGAUUCGUUUAAUUCUCGGCAAGUAAAGUCUAGGAGGAUGUCAAGUCCUACCAUAGGGUUUUUGGGGAGAUUCUAGAGUUUGUUUGGCUUAGCAGUUUUUCUUCAAUGUCAAAUUAGAAAAAAAAAUAGGUUUAGUGUUUGAUAAUUCUUUUCCCCACAAAGAUUUGAGUUUGUGAUAGAAGAUGGGUAUGUGCGUUUACUAGAGUGACAAAUGACAGCAUUUGAUGUGAUCUAGAUUCUAAAAUUGACAGUAACAUUGCACCAAAUAUAAAUAUAUAUUUUAUCAUACAAUGCCUUAGUUCUGAACUGAGCUAAAGGAAUUCUCAGCCUACUGCACUGUUGUCUCUGAUAUGCUUCCAACCCAAAGGCCUUUCAUCUCAAAAAGAAAAAAUAUCUGUCAAACUUGAAUGUUUCUCUUGUGUGUUACACAUAUGGCAGCCAGCUAACCCUGUGUCUUAGGUAUGUUGUAUAUAGUUCUUUUCAUAACCAUAGGGUAUAUUUUUGAAUUUUAAAAAGCAUUUAUUUGUUGAAAUCAAAAUCAAGACAAGCAGUCAAGAAUACCUGUGUAAGAAUUGAGAAGAAUGGCUGUUUCCACCAUGAGUUCUUCUUAAUGCUGGUGUGACUAGAAUGGUGCCUAUGCCAACUGAAUAAUUACAAAGACAAUAAAAAUGUAGAUGCUAUGCAUUUCCAAAAUAAUUCUGCAUCUGUUAUAAUAGCAGAAGUUUUUUAAAUGCCACUUUAACACUAAUGCACUGACAAAUCCUAGAUAUUUUGUGAGGAGAUGCAUAAAGUACGUGUUACGUUUUUUUAAGUUUGUACAAUUGAGCUACUGUUCAGUAUUCUUUUGUUGUUGCACUGUUGAUGUUUUGCAUGUACAACUCCUUGCUGGAACUACUUUUAAAAGCAAGAAUGGAGAGUCUCAGUGUGCUCUGCUCUUCCCUACAAUUCAGAAGAAAGUGGCUUCUGCCUUAUAUUUUUACACUGUGUCAGAGUUCUGAUGCURUUUCUUCUGAGCCCGGUUACGAUCUCUGCAGUGUUCCUGUUGCCUUUGCAGUCUGGGUGUUCAGCUGUCCAGACUCGGAGAGUGCAGUGUGCACAGUAUUCACUCUGCUCUGUUGCUCUGUAAAAUUGAACUGUUGUGUAUAUUUUUAUAUCUCUGUAUACAGUAGUGUAGGUGAUGGUACCCAUUCAUUGUGUCUGAGAUUGUACACCCUUGGUGCAAAAACCAGAGUGAUAGUUACAUGAUAAAGAGUUUGUUUUCAGAUGCAUGCUAUGUAUAAAACCCUAAUUAAAAUAAAUGUUUUGUCUUUUCA